AUGUCGCAGUGCCUGGGGAGGGCUUUGACCCCGCUGCAGCUCUAUGCCAGCUCCCUUGCCUCCGAAGAUGAGGCUCCUGAGACACUCUUCCCCAUGUACACGGUUCCCGUGGAAGUGCUCCUGGAGAUGGUUGCCCUCGAAUCGCACGAGGAUCUGAAGGCUCGUGGCAAAGUCGUCGUCUUCAGCGGAAACAUGGGGAGCGCAUCUUUCAUUUCACACCAGUGGGUUGCCAAGCAACACCCUGAUCCUGAAUUCCGGCAGAUGCAGGUGCUGCAGCAGGCCUGCAGACAUUUGUUGAGCAGGAUUGGAUCAAUUCAUCCAGAUUUCACCACGCAAGCCUGUGUGUAUUCUGCCAAGGGCAUCUCUUUCCAGGAAUUCCAGUCGCGGCCUCUGUUCCUGUGGUACGACUACUUCUCCGUCCCACAGCUUAGUUACCCCACGGAAGGGAGUAGCAGCGAGCAGGCGAAGGCCAUCAACUGCAUCCCCGCCUACAUCGCGAAGUGCCGCUUCUUCUUUGCCUUGUGCCCCACGAUGGAGUGCUCCGGUCAUGACGGGCUGCAAAAUUCCUCGACGUGGGCAAGGCGAGGGUGGUGCCGCAUCGAGCGUGCAGCAAGGGAGCUUUCUGCUCACGACACCUGGGUCCUCAUGCAGAGUCCUAGUUCCUUUGAGGUGGUGGGCACGGCGGUGUCGUUUGUGUCGGGUUCCGUCGGUGAGGGGGACUUCACGAUGGAAGAGGACCGCACGAAGCUUGCCCCGGUCAUGAAGGACAUCGUCAGGCGCAAGCUGAUGCUGUCCCUGCAGGCUGGAGAUUUUCCCGCCUACCGCCGCCACCUGAACCUGCAAAGUGUUCACUUCCGUGGGCUCGUCGUAGAGCCGAUAGGUGACAUAGUUCCAGGCUACGAGAAAGACCCGUCUGACGAUACACCGGAGGCAGUGGUGGCGCACUUCCUCUACCAGAAUGGCCUCACCAGUAUCAGCGGCAGAGACAGUGCGGGCUGGUGCCCGUUGCACUACGCAGCAAUGUCCGGGAACAACCAGGUGGUUGAGGGCCUGCUCUUGCGGCGCGCCAACCCUAACCGGCGAACCUCCCGGGAUGUACCUAAGCUAGGCUUCCCGCCUUUGAUGUCUGCUUUGGACCUGGCGGUCUUCUACAAGCACAACGAUGUGGCAGCCGUGCUGAUCGCUGCGCGGGCCCAGCUGCAAGGAGGGCUCAUCCCAGCCAUGCACCAGGCAUGCUUUACGGACAACGCAGAGGGCAUCCGCCUCAUCUGUGCUGCAAGGGGCGACCCAACCGUAAGAAACAUCUUUGGUUCAAGGCCAUUGCAGGUAGCAGCCGGCUACGAGUCUAUGGCGGCACUGGAGCAGCUGUUGCAGACUCCAAGCACGCCAGGCACCCUGGAGCUCUCACGGGCGCUCCAUGGCGCCGCGGAAGUCCGGGGCCUCUCCGCUCAGAUGGUGGCGCGCCUGGUCGAGAUGAGGGCCGACGUCAACUUUCAGCACGAGCCAAGGCGGGACCUUUCCCGCUUUGGCCGGCUGCUGACUGCCUCGAACGCCCUGCAGUACAGGCUGGGGCGAGCCACGGCGCUGACAGCUACGGCCUAUCACCUGCGCGGCCGCACGGCGCUGAUGGCAGCUCUGCAGUCUGCGCAGUAUCAGGGUGCUGCUGCCCUGAUCGCAGCUGGCGCAAGGUUGGACAUCCAAAACUGCCAGGGUUGGACCGCGGCCGACUUUGCCAUCGGUCAAUCUGUCCCGGGCUUCUUGCAGCAAGGUUUGAAUGGAGACCCUUCCGAGUGUGACAGGGUGUCCUCACUUGAUCUUUACCUUGAGCUCUGA